AUGUCUUCGUAUCUCAUUACUGGCGCCAGUCGUGGUCUCGGGUUCGAAUUCCUUCGUCAACUUUCACGGGAUCCCAAUAAUACCAUAAUUGGUCUUGUCCGCAACAAGGCUGCAGCCGAUGCAAAGGCCAAGGAAGAGGGGCUUGAUCACGUUCACAUGGUUGAAGCUCAGUACACUGACUUGGCAUCCCUGAAGGACGCUGCAGAGGAUGUGAAAGCCAUUGCGGGCGGGAGUUUGGAUUACCUCAUCAACAAUGCCGCCAUCAUUUCUCAUGUCAGCGCAUGGAAAACCUUGGGUGAUUUUGAAGAUGAUUUCGAGACUCUGGAAAAGGAUCUAUGGGAAUCGUUGGAAAUUAACCUUCUUGGCGCCAUGAAGACCAUAAACGCCUUCCUUCCUCUGAUCCGCAAUGGCAAAGGCAAGAAAAUCAUCACCAUCUCCAGUGGAAUGGCAGAUAUCGACCUUAUCAAUGCGACGGAGGUGGCAUUUGCCGGCUCUUAUGCUAUUAGCAAGGGCGCUGUCAAUGUUGCCAUUGCCAAGUACAAUGCUCUUUACAACAAGGAUGGCAUUCUCUUCCUCGCCGUAAGCCCCGGAUAUGUAUCGACGGAGCGAAACAAAGUAGAAGCAGCACCGGAAGAUGCUCACAAGGCAGCUAUUCUUGUAGGGAAGUUUGCUGAGUAUGCGCCGCACUUUCAACGCCCUCUAACACCCGAAGAAUCAGUGAUGGCUGUGAUUUCUGUGAUGGAUAAGGCCUCCAUCACGAAUGGAGAUGGCGGCGCCUUUAUAUCUCACCUGGGGAACAAGCAGUGGCUGUAA